CUGUUUCACCCCGACGGCCGGUCCCGCGGAUUCUACUCGGAGCGCAAUCGCCUGAACGACCUCACCGGCAAGGAGUGGCUGUACUGGACCCGGUCCGUGAUCAGCCGGCCCUAUCCGGUUGACCGUCAACACCACCUGCGACGCGCCCAUGGCGGUCAGAAGCCGCCGGAGCUCUGCGCCGACCUGGUCCGCAUCUUCACCAAGUCGGGGGAGUCCGUGCUCGAUCCGUUCAUGGGUGUGGGCGGCGUGCUGCUCGGAGCGGAACUGGCCGACCGGCGCGCGGUUGGGGUCGAGAUCAAUCCGCGUUGGAUUCGCCUCUACCGUCGCGUGUGCGAUCUGGAGGGGUUGGGCGGCCAGGAAACCCAUGCGGGCGACGCUCAGGAGGUGCUCCCGAAGCUGUACGACCGCCGCUUCCAGAUGAUUCUCACCGACGUUCCGUACUGGCAGAUGGAGACCGCGCCGCGGUCGAAAGGGGUCUUCAAGCGGGUCGGACAGCCAGCCGCUCCCCGGCGGCCGACACGGCUGCACGCCCAUAACGACGUCCGCUAUCCGAGCAAGCAGGCGUGGCUCGAUGCCAUGGGGCGUACUUUCGCGCAUGCCGCGGCACUGCUUGAGAGCAACCGCUAUCUGGCCACGUUCAUCGGCGACAUGUAUCUGCAGGGUCGCUACCACUGCCUGUCCGCGGAGCUGGCCGACGUCCUCGCCACUAUUCCCGGCCUGGUGUGGAAGGCCAAUCUCGUCUGGUACGACGUAGCCAAGGCGCUGCAUCUGUACGGCUACCAGUACGCGUACAUUCCCUCCAUGGUGCAUCAGAACAUCCUGGUGUUCCGCAAAGAGGGAUGA